CUUCAUGGUGUCCUCUCCGCACCGCGAGCACCCGCCCAAGAAAGGCUAUGAUUUCGACACGGUCAACAAGCAGACGUGCCAGACCUAUAGUUUUGGCAAGACCAGCUCCUGCCAUCUGUCCAUUGAUGCUUCGCUCACCAAGCUCUUCGAGUGCAUGACCCUGGCCUACAGUGGGAAAUUAGUGUCUCCAAAGUGGAAAAACUUCAAGGGCCUGAAGCUCCAGUGGCGGGACAAGAUCCGGCUCAACAACGCCAUCUGGCGGGCAUGGUACAUGCAGUAUUUGGAGAAACGCAAGAAUCCUGUGUGCCACUUUGUCACUCCACUAGAUGGCUCUGUUGACGUAGAUGAACACCGCCGGCCAGAGGCCAUCACCACAGAGGGCAAAUACUGGAAAAGUCGCAUUGAGAUUGUCAUCCGGGAAUAUCACAAGUGGAGAACCUACUUCAAGAAAAGGCUACAGCAGCACAAGGAUGAGGACCUCUCUAGUCUGGCCCAGGAUGACGACAUGCUCUAUUGGCAUAAGCAUGGAGAUGGCUGGAAAACCCCAGUCCCCAUGGAGGAGGACUCACUGUUGGACACAGAUAUGCUCAUGUCAGAAUUCAGUGACACCCUCUUCUCCACACUUUCUUCACACCAACCAGUGGCCUGGCCCAACCCACGGGAAAUAGCACAUUUAGGAAAUGCAGACAUGAUCCAGCCAGGCCUGAUCCCUUUGCAACCCAACCUGGACUUCAUGGACACCUUUGAGCCUUUCCAGGAUCUCUUCUCUUCCAGCCGAUCCAUUUUUGGCUCCAUGCUGCCUACACCUACGUCAGUACCUGCCCCAGAUCCCAGCAGCCCGCCUUCUCAGGGGAACAUAUUGCCAAAUACAGCUCUUCCCACUGUGAGCCUGCCCAGUAGCCUCAUUGAACCUUCUGCAGCCCCCUCCCUGGAUCCCACAGAUGGGCAGGGUUGUGAACGCACUCCCCAGACUGUGGACCCAUUUAUUCAGCCUGCAGACUUUGGUCCCUCUGAGCCACCCCUGAGUGUCCCCCAGCCCUUCCUCCCUGUCUUUACUAUGACCUUACUUUCCCCUGGCCCUGCCCCAGCACCUGUCCCCACUGCACUGCCCUUAGUCUCUCCUCCUGCCUCAACUCCACCAGCUUUCCUGCCGCCACAGAAGUUUGCUGGAGUCAGCAAAUCAACCCCUGUCAUUACCCACACAGCCUCUGCCACUCUUACUCAUGAUGCUUCUGCUACCACCUUCAGCCAGAGCCAGGGCCUUGUCAUCACAGCACACCACUCAGCCCCCUCAUCAUCCCCCUGUGGUCUGGCACUAUCACCCGUGCCCCAGCCACCAGCUGUGGGACCUCCCCAGCCUCAUUUAGCUUUUAUACACCCCAAACCUGUGUCCUUGACUGGAGUGAGACCCAAGCAACCCCCCAAAAUAGUGCCUGCUCCCAAACCUGAACCUGUGUCCUUGGUGUUGAAGAAUGCCUGCAUUGCUCCAGCUGCCUUCUCAGGCCAGCCACAAAAGGUGAUCAUGACAUCAGCCCCUCUGAAGAGAGAAGGGAUUCUGGCGUCUACUGUGUCCCCAUCCAAUGUGGUCAUUGCUUCUGCUGCCAUCACAAGGGCUUCUGGAGUCACAGAGUUCCUCAGCCACAGCACGAGCAACCAGCCUACCCCUGUCUCUCGGCUCUUCUCUCCAAGUACAGUGCAAGACUCCCUGGUGAAGGGCGAGCAGGUCACACUGCAUGGGGCUAGUCCCCAAGUCCCUGCCACGGUUGCUAGCCGUGACUGCCCCAACUCAGGGCAAGCCUCUCCAUGCCCAUCAGAACAAAGUCCUAGUCCUCAGUCUCCCCAGAACAACUGCUCAGGGAAAUCUACAGACCCCAAAAACGUGGCUGCAUUAAAGAACCGGCAGAAGCACAUCUCAGCUGAACAGAAGAGGCGUUUCAAUAUCAGGAUGGGCUUUAACACCCUCAACAGUUUGAUCUCCAAUAAUUCCAAGCAGACCAGCCAUGCCAUCACACUGCAGAAGACCAUGGAAUAUAUCACCAAGCUGCAACAGGAACGGAUGCAGAUGCAAGAGGAGGCCCGGAGGCUCCGGGACGAAAUUGAGGAGCUCAAUACUACCAUCAUCUCCUACCAACAGCUGCUACCUGCCACAGGAGUCCCUGUCAACUGCCGCCAGUUUGACCACAUGAAAGACAUGUUUGAUGAAUAUGUGAAAAGCAGGGUCCUGCAGAAUUGGAAAUUCUGGAUUUUUAGCAUGAUCAUCAAGCCGCUAUUUGAGUCUUUCAAGGGGAUGGUGUCCACCAGCAGCUUGGAGGAGUUUCACCGGACGGCGCUUUCCUGGCUGGACCAGCACUGCUCUUUGCCUGUCCUCAGGCCAAUGGUACUGAGCACCCUCCGGCAGCUGAGCACCACCACCUCCAUCCUCACAGACCCAUCCCAGCUGCCAGAGCAGGCAUCAGAGGCUGUUUCCAGGAUUGGCAAGAGACUGGGGGAGUCCUAAGCUUAGUUGGCAUGUGGCUGCAUGAGAUGCCUGAAGAUCCCUCUGUACCCUUCCUGACGCACUGCCUCAAGGCUGCCCUUGACUCCAGUGGCCCACUGCACCGGUCAGGGUGAUGCUGUGCUCAGGUCUGAAGCAGGUUUGGGUCCUGCCACAGCUGUGUCCCAUCUUGGGAAUUCUUGCUGUGACUUCUCACUCAGUGACCUCAGUCACCAGUCUCCCCUGCAUUUGGGGUGGCCCAGACAAAGGGAAACAUCAGCUGUUCUAUUCUUGCCCUCCUGUGGCCUAUUGGAGUACAGUGUCAGCAAGUGCAAGACAAGGAGACAAAGCCUGUUCCUGCAGGUGGAAUCAUCCAGGGUUCUCAGAAUUCCUUUCUUGAGUCUUAGAGACUUGGCCCCGGUCACAUUGUUUUCUACUUGUGCUCCUCUGGCAACCCCUGCACGCCUCUGGCCACUAUAGCAGCAGUGAAGUCUCUCUAUCUCCUGCAACCCUGGCAGCACCUGGCCCUCUGGGCUACCGUUCUGACCUCUGCAGAAAGGAAUGUGCCUCCUCCCUGGUGUAUUCUAUUGAAGGGGGAAAUCUUCUCCACAAACCCCUUAGCACAAAUGGGAAACAAUGGGUGUGGAGGCCAGCUGGACAGGACGACAUCACAGGCACCGCAACGCUGCUGUUGUGGCUCGCAAACCCUCCAAGCAGGGUCCCAUCUAUUAUGUCUCAGUUCUGCCUUGCAUUGCAGUCACCAUGACAUUGUCAACAUUGCCAGGGACUUGGCCUAGAGCCUCUAAGGCCUUUCUUCCCAGCUGAGGCCCUUCCAUGCCUGUUCUCCACCCACUUGUACUCUGCAGUCUCGGAAAAGGCAGGUACACUCCAGGGACAGUUUCAUCCUUGGUUCUAGCAUUCAGAAGGUCACACUCCAUAAUGCUGCUGUCAUCCUGGUCAUUUUAUCUGAAGUUUAGCUGGGAGCUCCACAUCAGGACACUUCUCAGACCAAAGAUGUCAUCCUACUGAAGAAGUCUGACCCAUCUUGUAUUAGGAGGAAGAAACAGAAAGCUCACAGGCAGGAUGCCAAGGAGUCAGCCCUUGAAGCUGUCUGCAAGCUAGAUGGUAAAGAAUUGUGUUCAGAUUUGGACCAGUAAAGUUUGGAGGGUGACAUGUGUCUGAAGGUUGAAUUGCCCCCGUAUGUAUGUUACAGUUGGUAGAGACAGGGGAAGGUUGGGGGAAGGUGGCACUUGAGCCUCAUCCUUUGCUGCCUCUGAGAUGCUACAGGCAGUGAGAUACUCUCUCCGGCACUCAGGGAGCCCAGUCAAGGGCACCUCCCAGGAAGAAUGUCCUUUUUUGUCCUGCUGUGAAACCUAGAGCAGGCAGCAGGCUUUUUUUUGGACUCUGUCCUGGUCCCUCCUCACCAUGCUGCCUGUCCUGGGGGGACCACAUGAAGAGGGGAAGAGGACCCAGGAUGUCCUCUGAAAUUGUGAUCUAUCAGAAGCUCCUGCUGAUGCCUGAGGCCUGCCCUGGACUAAGUAGGUGAAGAACAAAGAAAGGGUAAGGGCUGCUGGCUGCUACCUACACCUUUGAUGCUGUGAGCCCCUGACCACAUGCUUGCUCCGGGUCUAAUUUCUAUCCUGUUUGGGAAUAGUAUGGUGGUCCUCCUCAGCCGCCCCCAAAGCAUGUUUACAGGUUGAGGGAUGAACACAAGGCACAUAGGGCUGGACCUUGGAAUUUCUGCUGGGCACCCCUUCCUUUCCCCAAAACAAGGUGAAAUUGUUCUUCAGAGGGUAAAGGCCACUGUGGCAGAAGGAAGAACUAAACUGCUUCUGUGAGGGCCUCUAAAAGCCCAGCCCUUCCUCCUCCCAGCCAGGUGACACAGGCCACACAAUGGCCAUGAAGACUCCUGGUUCUCUCCACCCUUGCUGGGGAGUAAUCGUGUUUUUAAAACUCUGUGGGUAUAAGAUUGGUCCUUUGCUUCUCUUGCCUACCUCUCCAUUUUGCUGAGUUAAUCUCAUCCUGUUUCAUUAGAUGUUUAAGGCUGUUAGAUUGUGUAAAACUGGGGGGUGGGAGGGGAGAGGAGGGAGAGGAGAGAGAGGAGAGGAGAGAGAGAGAGAGAGAGAGAGAGAGAGAAUGUGUGUGUGCAUGUGUGUCUGUGUGUCCGUGUGUCCUGGCAGACUUUAUUAGGUGCAUGUUUUUGUUUUGAGUGACUCCAUUUCCCUUUUCUUGGUGCUCACUUUUGCCGUGGCUGUGAGGUCACAAUGCUUUAAAAUCUCCAGGAAUGAUUCUACCUUGGAGAUUUUCUUGUUUUGAAAUCUUGCCUGAUGAACCUGGCCAAUCAGAGGGUCCUGGCCUUGACUUCUGUCCUGGACACCAAGAUCAACAUUUGGGAAUAGCCAAGGGGAUCUCCACUGGGCGCUGACCACACUGUUUGACCAGGGUUUGUUUACAGUUACUUUCACUCCCAUUCCUGUCCCCACUCACAUAGAAGAACCUUCAAAUGUGGGCAUGUUGGAGAAUAAGAAUAUUGACCUAAAAGGAUAAACUACAAAGCCACCUGGAAAAUCUCUGCAAGUGUUUCUGUGAAAUCUUCACAAGCCACCUGCACAUGCUCUGUCUGUUCUUUGACUAUGAGUCCUGCAGAGGCAGGGUAGCUCUGGAUAAGGGCUUCCUCAAAGGUAACAGGUUACGUACCAGCCGUCACCCUCAGGAGAGGCUGGCCAUGCUCCUGUGGUUUUACACAGCACAGAGGAAACACUGCAGCAUCGGGACCUGGUGUUGACAUCUGUGUCUUAUAAGAGAAGCUGAAAGUGGUCAUCCAGCAUGAAUUCUCAUGUGACCCAACCAUGAACCCUGGAUCUUGUCUGUGUGCUUAGGACCUGUUACCUGACCUCAGAUCUAUGCUCUGACAAAGAGUGACAUCCCUAUAGAUUCUUAGAGGACAUGGCACCCAUUCCUGCUAUAGACCAGUGGCCCGUGGCACUAUAGCUGCCUACUGGAUCACCUGGCCUCAGCUCCAUUCAUUUGCUGGCUCUUGUCUUCCUUCCACACUGUCAGAAAACCUGCCACUGUCAGGUUCAUCAUAACCUUACUCCUCAAGGGCUCUCAGUCCCACUACCUGAGGCCUCCAAAGAGAGCCUGGGUGGGGGGAGCCUCUCUUCUCUCCUGAGGGUAGAAAUGACCUCUUCCUAGACAACUAGAUACCAGAGCACAGUUGAAGCCCACCAGUGUGUGUGGAACUUAGUUUUUCAGGGUUAUCUUGUGGUCUUCUUGGCAAGAUGUGUGGACAGUGAUACAAGAACAGUUAUCUAGAAUGCCAGUGUUGUCAAGAAGUGCAACUUGAAACUCAGUCCCUUGGUGCCUUGUAGUGUUUUAGAGGACCUGUUCUGGGUCUGUAUGUCUAACAGCAAAGGGGCAGUUAGAUUCCAGUGGAAGAGCAUGAAGCUCAGAGCAUGUGUGAACCAUGUUCCUCAAGUACAGACCUUGGCCAGGAACUGCUUUGCAGGUUUUGAGAUUUGUGUUUGUUCAUUUGUUUUGGUUUUGGUUUUGGUUUGGUUUUUCAAGACAGUUUCUCUGUGUAGUUUAUAGCCUGUGCUGAAACUUGCUCUAUAGACCAGGCUGGCCUUGAACUCACAGAGAUCCUCCUGCCUCUGCCUCCUGAGUGCUGGGAUUAAAGGCAUGUGCCGCCACUACUGCCUGGCCAGAUUUUGUGAUCUUAAGGCCCAUGGACAGCUAGUGGGAGACACCAGGAAUGUGAGAGAAUCCUUAGAAAACAACCCCCACCCUGUGUCUCUUCAAAUGUGGGCAAGAACAGGUCAGCUACCAGCUUUCUGAGGAAUGGGCCUCCCUGCUCACUAGAUCAGACUGUCUGCUUGUCAGAGCUUGUGAGACUCAGCCUUCUGGAAAGAAAAGGGAACUUUCCACAGUGAAUGUUAACGUGUGUGUGCACGCGCACUUGCUCGAGCCUGUGUGUGUGUGUGUGUGUGUGUGUGCGCGCGCGCUCUCGUGAGCUCGCAUGUUUACUUCAUGGAUUCCUUUCCGGUUAUUUAGCAGAAUUCACCUAUAUCUCCCUGCCAAACUUUGGUUCCACACUUGUAACCCUGGACAUAGUGAAUUUGGAAUUCCUUUGGGAUUUCUGAUCUGGCAUUCUCAAGAGCUAAGAUUGUGCAAGGGAGAGAGACACUGACAUUUUAUACAUUUCCUAGUAUACAUUCUGCAGGUUAAAAGGUCUCAUGGCCUCAACUAGGCUGUGUCUCUCUUCGGGGAGUUCAGUAUCCUACCCCCAGGCCCUUUGUCACCUGACUCUUCACCCUAUAAAGGGAAGCAGGCUUUCUCUGCCUGCUCUGUAGUGUCCCAGCUGAAACAACAUGUUCUCCUUCUUCAAGCUCUCCAAGUUUCAGCAUCUGUGCACAGGCUGUCUGUUGUGUGCCUUGGUCUAGGGCUCCUUUGAGGGCAGCUACACCUGAGUUAGGGUGGCUGUCACAUAAACCAGAGAUCCCUGGGACUGCCCACCUGAGCCCGGUCCUCUUGGUGCCCUGCUGUUGACAGGCAUGUUCCCACCAGCUGUACCCAACACUACAAUGCAUUUUUGAAACUAUAUUUGCAUCUAAGACAAUAAAAAAACUUAUUUUUUUGGAAAGCU